AUGUCUUGCCGAAGUCACUGUGCUGCGUUGUACUGCCUGGUAUAUCCAAGAAUUUGGAUGGAGAAAGCAGGCAGUACGGAAAAGAUCACAUCGUCAAUUAACGAGCAGAUUAGCUUGAUUACUAAAUCUGGCUUAUCAAUUGACCAAAAUGUCUUUACGGUUGAGAAGGACGCGACUAUCCUGAGUAUUGAUAAUACUAAUUUUUUCUGGUACUUCAGAAUACCAGGAGAUGACGAAGACAUCCCUAAUCCUGAACGUUAUGUUAUGUGUGACAAAAUUGUUAGACGCUUGUUUCCUAGCAACACAGCUAAUAAUGAUGUUUCUGAGCCCGAUGCAAAUGACUCUAUGGACUUUGAUACUGAUGAGUCCAUGGAUACCGAUGAUGAUGAUGAUUUAAAGGAUGAUGACGAUGAUGAUGAGGGCUACGAUGAUGAUCGUUAUGAUGAUGUUCGUUAUGAUGAUGAGGCCAAUGAUGAUGAUGAUGAUUGGGAUGCUGCGAUCGAUAUUCUGUCUUUACCUCCGCUAUGUGAGGAAAGAAUGAGAGGAUUAAUUUCUUCAGAUCCUGAAGAAGCGGAAGACAACACUCAGCACCAGGAUGAACCACAACUGAUUCAGUACCAGGAUGAGCCUCAAAUGAUUCAGCACCAUGAUGAACCCCAACUGAUUCAGCACCAGGAUGAACCCCAACUGAUUCAGCACCAGGAUAAACUACCAAUGAUUCAACACCAGGAUCAACCACAAAUGAUUCAGCAUCAGGAUGAACCGCCAAUGAUUCAACACCAGGAUCAACCACAAAUGAUUCAGCAUCAGGAUGAACCAUCAAUGAUUCAACACCAGGAUCAACCACUAAUGAUUCAAUAUCAGGAUGAGCCACAACACAUGCAACAACAGAACGUUCUUCAAGACAUUUUAAGAGUUUUGAAUAAUUUGCAACAGCAAAUAUACAACAUGCAGCAACAAGGGUCAUUUAAUAUUUUAUCUAACUUACAUUUAUUUCUUUAA